UCCCUAUCCUUGACAUCCAAGUUAAUCUAUUAUCACAGAGAAAUAAGUGGCACGCUCUACGCAGUAGAACAUCCAAGAAAUAAAAAGGGUGAUGGUGGAAGAUGUGCCCGAUGGUAUGACAAAAAUUGCUCGUUUCAGAAUCGUGGUUUUCUUCCAAAUCUUGGGGUCACGAGUAUUCAAAGAUGA